AUGAACGCCGAACCACACGAUUUCCGUGAUCACAAAGCACACAUGAAGUGGACUCAAGAAAAAGAAGCGUAUCGUGCAAAUAUUCCAAUGAUUCCACAAGACAUGUCCGGUGGCUCUCGUGGUCAAACAGCCGCCACAACUGUUCUUCAGAAGGCACUCAACAAUCCACUCGUACCGCUUGGAAUGCUCGCAACUACUGGAUGUCUUAUUGGAAUGAUGGUUGCCACGUUGCGUCGUAGUUCCCGAGAUGCUCAAUUAUUCAUGCGUGGUCGAGUUGUUGCUCAAGGACUCACUGUGGCUGCUCUUGUCGGUGGAGCUGUAAUGUUUGGAAUCGGUGCACCCACUGACGCGGCUCUUCGUGCUCCAGGAAAAGGACAAGCCAAUGUUGUCUCAUUAACUCCGCCACCAGCAGUUUCGAAUCAGCAUUGA